UUAUUAUCGCGCCAAAUAAUUAAUAAUACUUAAUAUUAUGAUUUAAGUACGUUUUGUAAUUUAUGCGAUUGCUGUGACGGAUUUGUUUUAUUGCAACGACAAAUAAUUAAAUUAAAUAGGUCUAUUAUAUAAAAAGUGAUUCAGUUGUACCAGUAUUUUUGGAUAUACAUAAACACUUAAAAUGUUGAAAUCAAAGAGUAUUUUGAACAUUUCCAAAAAUAUUCAGUUUUCAAAGUUAUGUUUUCGAAAAAAUUAUACUCAAGAAUCUCCAAUGCCAAACAAAAUUGAAAAAUCAUUAAAUUCUGUCACACUUUUGGGACGAGUUGGUGCUGAACCUCAAAAACGAGGUUCUGAAGAACACCCUGUUGUUGUAUUUUCAUUGGCAACACACCAAAACUAUAUCCAAAAUAAUGAGAACACUCAAAAAACAGAUUGGCAUCGAGUAGUUGUAUUCAGGCCUGGUUUACGAGAUUCUGUUUAUAAUUUUAUGCAAAAAGGACAACGUGUCUUUGUAAGUGGCAGGCUAAUAUAUGGAGAGAUUAAAGAUGAGUCAGGUAAUUCUAGGACAACGACAUCAAUAGCUGCUGAUGAUGUUAUAUUCUUUAAUACUAAUAAUUCAAAUUAAAUAUACAUAACAUUUACAAUAUUAUUAAUAUUUAUCUUUUUUUUGUAUUUUGUUAUUAGUAAGUAGCUGUUAAAAUAAGUAACUAGUUGUAAAAUUUUUUGUUUUUGUAAUCAGACUGAAAAUUUAAUUUUAUAAAUAUGUAAUUAUAAAUAAGUAUUUGGAUAAUAUAUAUUUAUUUUAAUUUUCUUCAA